CCAUCCGACAUUAGGCCAAGUCCGCCUAGCAUUGUUGCUACCGUUGUUGUCGUCGCUGCUAAGUAGUGUACUACCACCAUUACCAUCCCGGCCAGCCAUCGCCAUGUUCGUGCUGCCGCCCCCGCCUAGGUACCCGACCCAGGCAGCUUACAAUGCCGCCGUCGCUGCUGGCCAAGCGACGCCCAUGAUCGAGACGAACAACAUCCUGUCGAAUCCCGAGGACCAAUUUCUAGCUGGGGAGGGAACGUACGUGCUCAAGGAAGACCUACUUCUAGCGACGCCGCCACCCCACCCUUCGGAAGCACCGGUCAUCAACCCCAACCCGCUCGCGACGACACCGCAGCCAGCCACGGCCGGAACCAAGGUCUCGCUCCUCAGCUUAGACGCGCGACCGCCGCCUCCCGCUCUCUUCAAGCUUACGCCCACCACGACAACCCUCUCGCCAAGCAUAGCCGAGCACCCGAGCGAAGGCCGAUACUCCAACGAUGCUAAGCUGAGCAGCGACGGCGAAGGGCGAGGCACCUCUCUGAGCGAUGGGGGGCCGCCCACAUCGGUAACGGCCGCAUCGGCUCCGGCCUUCGGCGAUGGCAACGCUCUACUCGCGCCGGAGAGGACGAAGGACCCCAACAAACGCCGGAAACCCAAGAAUAACAUGACUAAGAGCAACUCAUCCUUCAUCUCCCGGGUCAUUGUCAACGAGACACUCUCGAAAAGGCUCUCCGACCGACCGAGCGACGGCCUGUUCGCAUUCGCCAAUGUCAAUCGCGCCUUUCAGUGGCUAGAUCUGUCGUCCCCUACCAAGGCCGAUUAUCUGACCAAGAUUUUGUUCACCAAGGCACACUGCUUAAGCCACGAUGUUAACCUGGUCACCAAGAGCACGAGCCAUAUCGAUAUCAUCAUGGGCUUCUCGACCGGAGAGGUCAUAUGGUGGGAGCCGAUAUCCCAACGAUAUACCCGACUGAAUAAGAAUGGGGUUAUCAACAAGACGCCGGUUUCGCAAAUUCGGUGGAUCCCGGGGGCCGAGAACCUGUUCCUCGCCGCGCAUAUGGAUGGUACCUUGGUUGUCUACGAUAAGGAGAAGGAGGACGCCAUCUUCAGCCCGGAGGAGGACGAGACCAAGACUAACGGAGAGGCCACGUCAACCCCCAACAAGACGACCAACCAUUUCAAGGAGAUCACCGUGUUCAAAUCCGUCCAUUCCAAGAAUCAGAAGACCAAUCCCGUCGCUGUCUGGAAACUGUCGAAUCAGCGAAUUAACGCGUUCGAAUUCUCGCCGGACAACCGCCAUCUCGCUGUGGUGUCCGAAGACGGCACCAUGCGGAUAAUUGAUUAUCUCACGGAAAAGCUGCUCGGAGUGUAUAACGCAUACUACGGCGGAUUUACAUGCGUGUGCUGGUCCCCGGAUGGCAAGUACGUCCUCACCGGCGGGCAGGACGAUUUAAUAUCCAUUUGGUGCCCUUCGGAAGCGACACUCAUAGGGCGGUGCCAGGGUCAUCAGUCGUGGGUCAUGUCGGUUGCAUUCGAUCGCUGGAGAUGCGACGAGAGGAACUAUCGUUUUGGCAGUGUGGGUGAGGACGGCCGACUGUGCCUCUGGGACUUCAACGUCGGGAUGUUGCACAAACCCAAGGCAGCCUCUAGCCGACAACGCGGUUCCAUCUCCUCCAGACUCCCCGCGUUGCAGCGCGCGGAGACACAAGGCACCUCGACCAGCAGGUUCCGAUCGGAUUCGACCGUCUCGGGAUUGGACGGAGAAGAAGAAAACACGGUCAAUCAUCCGGUCGAGCCUCGAUCCAGGACAGCGAUGUUGCCUCCGGUCUUAACCAAGGCAGCCGACAAGCAUCCACUCAGCUGGAUCGAGUUCACCGAAGAUGCCAUCAUAACGGGCUGCAAGAUAGGGCACAUCAUAACUUGGAGCCGGCCGUCGGAUUCCCCAGCCCAAGCGGACUCGUAAUAGGGAAAGGGAGCAAAAGCCGAACCUGUUAAAUCGCCAAAUACUGCAGCAAGGGGGACGCGGGGGGCGGGGGCCGAGUAAUACCUUCUGGUUCGGCCUCGAUGGUAACAAUUACUCGGCCGGAAUGCCCUGUUUAUGCUCACAACAUGAUAGCCCGAGCCACACCGCAUCUUGCGUCGUUUUCAUUGGCCACCGGCGAGGUGAUCCUCAUAAGAAGGAAGAGGGGGUGGGAGGGAGAAGAGAACUCUAAGUGGUCUGGGGUCAAAGCAAUGGCCUUCGCACACCUUCUACGACUCUAUGAUGAGCAGAGAAGUGGAUAGCCUGAGAAAGGAUCGAU